UCCCCCGCUUUCACUAACCCAAAAGCAAGCCGUCCGAGGCCACAAAUGGCUGGAAUGUGUCCUGCCAAGCCUGCUGUCGUCAGCUAGACGGGCAAACACAAUUACCGAGGCGAGUCGAUGAGGUGUUAAACCAUGACGGGAACCAUCUUGCCAUGGGCGACGGUGUUCCCUUCAAAUAUAUUCGGCUGUUCUCCCCGUUCUCACGUCCCGUGCUCUGCUCCUCUCCACGGCAAACCAAUCCCAAUAAUCUACAGAACCGGCAAAGCACUAUGUCGAUCCCCCGCCGUGUCCUCGCCGUCAUCGGCUGUGGUGGCAUGGGCCUGGCCACAGCCCGGCGUCUCGGGGGCGGCCGGAAGAUCCUCCUCGCCGACUUCUCCCAAGCCAACCUCGACUCCGCCGCCAAAACGCUCGGGGACGACGGGCAAGAUGUCGAAACCCACCUUGUUGACGUAGCCAACUUCGACUCAGUCCAGGCCUUCGCCACAGCCGCCGCCGGCGCGGGGCACAUCGACGCCGUGGUGCACACGGCCGGCCUCUCGCCGACGAUGGCGCCCGCCAAGCGCAUAUUCGAGGUCGACCUGCUCGGCACCGCCAACGUGAUCGACGCCUUCCAGGACGUCAUCCCGCCCGGCGCCUCCCUGACCUGCGUCGCGAGCGUCGUCCGCCUCCGCGAGAACCCUUCCCCGGAACUAGCCGCCUUCCUGUCCUCCGCGCCCCGCGACCAGCUGCUCACCACCAAGACCCUGCUCGACAUCGACGCCGACGGCGAGGACGCCUUCGACCAGGGCACCGCCUACAGCCUGUCCAAGGCCGCCAACUUCCUGCGCGUGCAGGCCGCCGCCCGCCCCUGGGCCGCCCGCGGCGCCCGCAUCAACUGCGUCAGCCCGGGCAUCGUCAUGACCCCCAUGAUCCGCCUGGAGAUGGAGUCGCCCCUCAAGCCGGCCGUCGACGCCAUGAUCGCCGGGACGCCCCUGCGGCGCGCGGGCUCGCCGGACGAGAUCGCGGGCGUGGUUGCGUUUUUGGCGGGGCCCGAUGCGUCGUUCGUUACGGGGGCUGAUAUUGUGGUUGAUGGUGGGUUUAUGGCCGGCAGUCAGGGGACUUGGGUCAAGGAGGGGGGUAAAGAGGCAACCUAGGGCAGGGCUUGCUUGCGCGUCUUGUGUUGAUCUUACUGAGUGAUGAUCUGAGCCUGGUUUGUUUGUGUUUGGUGUUUUUGGCCGGGCUUUUACACUCCUUGGUGGCUCAAAUGAACGCCGCGUGGUCCACCACCCUGCGUCUUUUCCGCCCGUUUCCUGAUCGCCAGAGCCACCGCUCUCAUUCCCUUCGAGUUCCGGUCCUUUUCUUGGUAAUGAU